AAUAAUCACGGACAUAAUUGGCGAGAUCGUAAUAAUGUGAAUACUGGAAAUCUGCAUCAGCAAAAUAAUAUCAGACCAAAUGCAUCAAAUGGAUCAGCGAACAAUGGACAAAUAAACAACAAUACCAAUACGGCGUUGUUAAUGCAGAUUAAACAACUCACUGAUGCAUUACAAAACGGAACAACCAGCAACAAUUCUCUCUUAGCUACUCAUGAAUAUCUGGCAGGUGAAAGAAAGGCUAAGACCACCACUCGAUAUAAUCCACUCGAAAAGGGAAAAGAAAUUAAUAAAGUUGACACUGAAACCGAAAAUAAAAUAAAAAAACAAUGGAAUACAUUGGAAAGAAUCGAAGAAGAAUCCUUUAAUCAAUCCUCCGAAGAGGUGAAUAAUAUUCAGAGUAGUGAACAACAACAACUACCAACUCUCAAAAUUCCGGAAAUCCAAGAGACAUUUUCAGAACUAUUCGAAUAUUUCCAGAUCAUACGAAAGAAAUUACAACGUACUGAAAUCGACUUUAAUGAGGAGAGUGUCUACAGCCCCU